CCGUAAUUUCAAUCGUUAGAGAAAAGAUGGUAUCAUUAACUUUUCGCCUCAACACAUUUAAUAUUGAAGCUUGACUUACCGAUUACAUCACAGCAACAUGUCCAUAACUUGGGUGCAUCAAAGAUAUCCAGUUAAUGGAGACGCGACAUUUGCUUGGAAAUUUCCGUACUGUACAAUCACUUCCACCCACCUGACCGGAGAUCGCGCAAACCACACCAUUGCGCGUCAAGCCAGUCCCACCACCACCACGACCGUCCCGCGCCUCCCGCCUCCUCGUGCCUCCAGCACGAGCAGGACGCUCAGCACCGCAGCUGGUUGGUCCCUCCACCAGCUUGCACCCACAGCCGUCUUCGCACCGUCGUCCCUCGUAAGAUUUUUGUGCUAAUUUCACCAGCCUGUUCUCGAAUCAGAACAAUUAUCGUCACUUCGUUUUGAUCGGGCCUGUAAGGAAAAGAGGUCGGCGCC